ACUAUUACUUGUUUGUCAUUUUGGCAACAUUUAAAUUAUCCAAGAUUCUGUCCAAGAACAAAUCUAAGAUCUCGUGCUAAGCAAUCAAACGAACGGGGUCUCUGAAGCCAAACCGCAGGGGGCGCUAGCUGUCACCAGAUAGCUGCUAGUUUAGACAUGACAGCAACGCUUGUUUGUUUUUGACUUCUUUUCUUUUUGACGCAACAUAGAUGUCACUUUGACUCUCUUCGAAUCACAACAUUGAAAAAUGAAAACUCAACCAUGAACUACAAUGAAAGUUAUUCUGUGAGCCCCAGGCAGCCCACCCUGCCUCCGGUCUCCAACAGGACCCUGACCCACCCGUCUUUCAUGCCUCUGUACCUGACUGCAGGACAGCACGCCGACUGUGCGAGCCUAACAGUCCUUCCCCUCGGCCCAGCAGAGUGUUUCUACUCUGAUCCCACCCUGGCCUGUGCAAGGAUCCCCAACGUAGUAAGUGAUUUGAGGGUUUUCGAGUGCUUCAAGCUCAACACUCCCCCACCAGUUAUGUCCCCCUGCCCGGCUCCACCUCCCUGUCCAGACCCAUUCAAAUUCGGACCAAAGCCCACCAGGAAUCUGGGCCACCUCACUCUGGAAAUCAACAACCUCCAGCCUGCAGUGCAGAAAGGCCAGGUUGUGCUCCAGCUGACCCAGGAGGAGGACCAGGCCAUCACUAACCUCCUGACACUGCACUACCAAGAAGAGCCUUCGCAGAUGGAUGAGACCCUUACCAGUGUCAACCCCAACUCGUUCUGUCAUCCAGAAACAAUCGACUUCACUGCAGCUGAAGAACUUUCCAAUCCCUUCCUUAGUGAUCUGCAAUAUCCAGGGGAAACCAUUGAGUUCCAGCAGGGAAGCUGUUGGUCAGAGACAGAGCUUGAUGCUGCCAACACACUCUUGAGCUGCUCUAGACUGGUGGAGCAGGAGGGAAUAACCCAGGGCCACAACAAAUCAUCAGUAACACUUCCAGGGAGAGGAUAAGGCACCUCUGUAGAGUUUACUAAUGUAAAGGACAUCUUCGAUUCUGAGGGAGAGGCUGUGCAUGUCCUCCUGAGCCUAGGAGACACAGGAUUAUUCUGAUAUAUUGUUGUCCCUGUGUGUUAACUUUACUACCUCAUUAUGCAAACCGCUGGUUGAUCUUGAUUAAUAUACUUCCUUGUUUUUCUUGGAUGAGAGUUAAUAUGUCAGUCUACAUUUGAGUUGCAUAUAUUUUCCUACUGUAAAAAUGAUGAAGCGUUGAGCUUAAAAGACACAUGUUUGUUUUAUUAAAAGCGUUACUGUUUUUGAA